AUGAAUAACAGCAACUGCAGCCCCUGGGAGUCCCCAGCGGUCAACCAAGUCUUUCUCACCUACACGGGCGGGCUCCUGGCGCUUGGCCUGCUGCUCAACGGCCUGGCGCUCUGGGUGUUGUGCUGGCGCCUGCCGCGCUGGACGGAGACCCGCGUCUACAUGGCCAACCUGGCUGUGGCCGACCUCUGCCUGCUCUGCGCCCUGCCCUUCUUCCUGCACUUCCAGGAGACCUCCCAGGACACGCCGCUCUGCCAGCUCUCCCAGGCCACCUUCCUGCUCAACAGGUACAUGAGCAUCAGCCUGGUCAUGGCCAUCGCCGUGGACCGCUACGUGGCCGUGCGGCACUCCCUGCGCGCCCGCGGGCUCCGCUCCCCGGGCCAGGCAGCGGCCGUGUGCGCCGCGCUCUGGGCGGUGGUCCUCGGCUCCCUGGCACUCCGCUGGUUCCUGGACGUGCAGGACAGUGGCUUCUGCUUCGCCGUCCGCUCCGGGCGGAACACCUACACCGAGGUCUUCUCACUGCUCGGCUUCUACCUGCCGCUGGCCGUGCUGGUCUUCUGCUCUCUGCAGGUGGUGACCGCCCUGACCCAGAGGCCCGAGGCUAACCCGGGCCAGGCGGAAGCCACAAGGAAAGCCUCUUGCAUGGUCCUGGCGAACCUGGUUAUCUUCGUGGUCUGCUUCCUGCCCUUCCAUGUGGUGCUGACCAUGCGCGUGGCCCUGGGCCUGGAGACCUGUGCCAUUAAGAUGGCCAUCAAGAUCACUAGCAGACUCUCAGAUGCCAACUGCUGCCUGGACGCCAUCUGCUACUACUUCAUGGCCAAGGAGUUCCAGGAGGCGUCUGUGUCAACCACAUCCCCCAGAGUCAAGGCCCACAAGAGCAAGGACACUCUAACUGUGACCCUGACCUAG